GGGGAACACGUGGUAGUCGGAGAGCGGGGCAGCUAAGCAAUAACAACGCGCAUAUAUAGCAAAAGCAUCCCAAAGCAAAGUUAAUGUCUACACAUACACACGUACGCAUAUAGAUAUGCGCGUCGCGCGUUUCAACAAACAUACUCCAUAGGUAUACCAACGUGUGGAUCGCGGCCACGACGUAGUUGCCUCGUUGGCGUGGGGAGGCCGCGUUCUCUGUGUACACGUAUAUGUGUUGUACUCUUUGCAAGAGCACGUAUGCACACAAUUGAGAGAUAGAGGUGUAAAUUGUGAGCAUGUAUCACAGAGCAACCGCAGUCUGCGCAACAUAGCAGACUGCAGCCCUACAAAAACAAGUUGGUGAAAGCCAGGCAGGCAGCAAACGAGCAGUUCUCUCUCUUUCUCUCUCUGUUUCAUAGCUAUGGCGUACUAUGUAGUUACGUUACGUGGCGCAGCCAGAGAGCAUCGUUUCAUUAAAGGGCUCAACCACGCGUCUCUCACAUGUACACAUCACACCCGUACACGCUAACGCGCUGACGAGGAAUUGCAUCGUCGCCGCUGAAUAACAAGCUUAGUAAUGGUGGUAGUGUGUGCAUGCGUUGCGGCUGUACGAGAGAGUAUCAAGUAGCGCGCUCUCUUCUCACGGACGCACACCGAUAGAUACAUAUGUAUGUAUAUAUAUAUAUAUAUAUAUAUAUAUAUACGUAUACACAUAGUCUAGUUCGUAUAUAGUUUGUGCCGCCACGCAAGUGUGCGAGAGUGGAAGCUCGCGCUUACGCGCGCAGUCGCCGCCGCCGCCAUUCGAGUAGUUAGCGCCUGCGUACAGCUUGUUUACAACUGCGAAGCUUGCCAUACACACAUGACCUUUCCAACUUCCAAGAUGGACACGAGUGCCCGUCCUCGCGUUACCGCUCAGCCUGUCUAAAUCCGACGGUAUUUCGCGCAAGUGCUACGCAAACGAGUGUCGCCUGCAGUGUGCCUUCGAUCGACGAUUUGUCGCCAGCUAUUCGAUCAGGCCGCGUGUGUGCAGUGUUGCUUACAUCGCAGUGCAAGAAGAAACGACAGUCUGUUUUGGCUGCCUGCUCACGCUCUUCGUUGUCGUCGCACGCUCGCAUACGUAUCUGUGCCCACGAGGAUCCCACGACGUAAAUAGUGCGACGAGACUUGGCGUAUCCGGAGAUCGCUGGAGAGAGACAGAGACAGCGGACGGCGAGAGUCAGAGCUCGAGAGAGGGAGAGAGUAGUGCAUAGUCUCGCGGACAUCCGGUACUAGCACAUACGGCCAAGAGCGAAGGGGAGAGAGAGCGAGAGAGCAGAGAGAGCAAAGAGCCGCCAGCCAACACCUGGCCUCGUGUGCACGUCGCAGCUUCUCUCGGAAGCUCACCUGCGAUAAAAUUCGCUGCAAGUGCGUCGUGCUCGGGCUCGCGGCUCACGUGCGCAUCGGGCACGGAAAAACAAGCCAGCAAUUCGUGGAAGCGAGAGAGAGUGAGUCGGAGGAAAGUGCGCGCGCGAGUGCGUGGUGUGCGAACAGCAGAAGGAAGGAGAGGGAGCGAGACAGACAACGUGUCCGCAGUGGCUGGCGCCUGCCGCGAAGGAGUAUAAUCGCGAGCAGCCGCCGUGUGCUUGUUUGGCCCGUCAACUCGGCGCCUAUUGCGCACGCAAGUACCGCUGGCCUUGGCAAUUCAGGUGAACCGAAGAUUCGACGCAAUUGCGAAAAGAGAGCAGUCUUCGGCGGCGGGCUGCCGACGGCGCGAAAGCACGCGAGCGAAAAGAAACAGGGCGGACGGCAUGGUGCUUACGAGGCCCGAGCAGUCGCUCCCCUAAGCUGGCCGGCGUAGAGCGCCGCGACGCGCACGGGCGCUGUCUAGGGCGCGGCAACAGAGACGCACCUAUGCGCCCGCACAGCCCGUAGGAGCGAGAGCGACAGACGCAAACGCCAUAAUAAUAACAACAAUAACAGGGGCAGAGCAGAGGGAGAGAGAGAGAGAGAGCGGCGCUAAGGAGAUUGCGCGCAGCCCCAGCGCCGCCGCCACGGCCGCGACACGUGCUCACACGUAGCAGGCAGCUCCACCAUUACUCGCACCUGCCAUGCCGCCCAGGCCCACAGCUCGCACCUGGGCCACCACCAGCUGAACACGGCCGCUGUCGCACUCCCCUCCACGAGGCAGCUGCUUCGCUCGGUUCUGCGAGCUAACGCCAGCGGCACCGACCACGCCAGCAGCAUGUCCUCCCCCGCGCCCCCCUCCCAGUCGCCGGGCGCCGUCGUCCUGCAGGCCCACCUCAAGAAGCUCAAGACCCUCAAGAAGAAGUACUUCGUGCUGCGGGCCGAGGCCUCGGGGCAUCCCGCUUGCCUCGAGUACUACGACAGCAAGAAGAAGUACGACGCCAAGCAUCCACCCAAGCGCAGCAUCUCCGUGCGCAGCUGCUUCAACAUCAACAAGCGCCGGGAUACCAAGCACAAACACGUCAUUGCGCUCUACACCAAGGACGACUGCUUCUGCCUGAUGCUCGACAACGAGCGCGAUCUGGACGAGUGGCUCAAGGCACUCCUGCUGCUUCAGAACGGCGAUCAACCCGACGGAGAGCAGCCACGGCCUACGUUCGAGCACGUGUGGCAAGUCCAGAUGCAGAAGAAGGGCCUGGGCGAGCGCAAAAACAUUACGGGACCCUACAGGUUAUGCCUCACCGAUCGCGUUCUCAGUCUCGUCAGACUUGGAUCGGACGACAAAUCCGACUCCAUUGAGUUCACAGUGAGUAUCGCGCUAUCGAAAGCGUUUAUUCGGCUAUCUAACAGUGCUUUUAUUCGCUUUCAGUUGAGCUGCAUCAGGAGGUCUGGCGCUAUGGACCGCAUAUUCUACAUGGAGGUGGGGCGUUCUGCCAUUGCUGGCGGUGGUGAACUAUGGAUGGAGGUUGAGGACAAUAACAUUGCGCAGAACAUGCAUCACGCCAUCAACAAUGCUAUGACUAAUUCGAGCACUGUCAAAGAUGACGGUCCCAGGCAGAGGAUGCGCAGCUCCUCGGCAAAUGAGGCCAGCAAACCGAUAUCGGUUCUUCAAAGAAGACAUACUGCGCAAAAACUGCAUGGUUUUUCACCCUUAGAGGAACAGAGGCUGCACGAGGAGCAAGUCGGAGCGUUACAGGAGCAGAACGUCACUGCAUCCGCCCCCUCACAGUGUAGUCAGUCACAGACUACUUCUACUACCAAUACACUUACGGGCGUGCCAGCGGUGCGAGACAGGUGCGACAGUCUGCCCUCGAGGGCGCGCACGAGCAGCGAAGGUCAGCCAAGUUGCUGCGUAGUGUCGGCGGCGGCGGCGGCGGCCACCGGCGGUCGAGCCAGCCACCUGAUGAUCAGGCCGCACUCGGUGCACACCAGGGCCGGCAUGAUGAUGUCCUACUCGCCACCGGUCGGCUCCAUGCCCAUCAGCCCGGCCUCGGGCGCCUGCUCCACGGAUUCCGCCGGCUCGUCCUUGUCCAUAGACGACGCCUCGGAGAACAUGGACGAGGGCGUGCUCGCCAAGUUCGGCCACUCGCUCACGCCCGACGAGCCGGUCAUUCUCGAGGAGAACGCCGACGACUACGUGCCUUGGUCGCACUCGGUCAACCACCAGCCCAAGUACCACUGCUCGCCCUCGCAGCAGAGCUCCUACGUGGAGAUGUACAGCCCGUGCAGCUCGAGCCCGGGGCGCGGGGCGUACAUGCCGAUGAGCCCGGCGCAGGGCGCGCACUCGCGCAGCUCCUCGCUCGUCGAGGAGGCCUCGCUAUUGGGCGACGGCUACGUGCCGAUGGCGCCGCUGGGCGAUGACGGCUAUGUCGACAUGGACCCGGUCAACAACCACAACGGCCACUUCCCCGACGACAUGUCGCAGCAUGGCGGGAGCAGUUGUUCCGUUACCUCCGGCACCCCCAGCACCGACAUGCGAUUCUCCGAGUAUCACCUCGACAAGGUGACCAGCUUCCUUGCGCCCGGGGAGGACUUUCAGACGAGGCCUACGAGGGCCUACUCCGUCGGCUCGAGGCCCGAGCCCAUCAAUAGGCAUCGGAAAAAUAGGUUGGACAUUGCUCAGCAGGAGUCGAAUCGCGUGCGAGCUUUCUCUGUGGGUAGUCGCUCGAAGAGGCCCGAAAUAGCCAGGCUCACCCACGUGAUAACGGCCCCGUUGGUGCCUGGCAUCGAGAGCUCGCACUCUAACAAGUCCAACUCGGCGCCGAUGCUGUCCAGCUCCUGGGGACACACGUCCGUCUGCUCGACCACCUCUGAGCGGAUGGAAGAUCUGAUGGAGCUCGACUUCACCAGGCCUGCGCCCGUCGCGGCGCUCACCUCGCCACCUUCCUCCUACUCGCACUCGCACUCGCAAUCGCAAUCGCAAUCAUACUCGACUGCCACAGAUACCAGUUCCUACGUCGAUAUGUCUCCUGGACAGCCGCCAAUUUCAAGCACUGCCCCUUACCUCGACAUGAACGGACCAGCAAAGAAUAACCGUAUUAACAACAACAGCAGCAGUAGCAGCAACAAUAACAUCAAUAACAACAACAAUAACAACAACAACUUCACCACUGCCAACCACAACCACAAUCAUUCGCUGCUCAUGGUGUCCGCUCACAAGCCAGUUAUCACGCAGGUGACGCCCUCGCUGAAGCCCGUCGAAGAGGCGGAAUCGUCUUACAUGAGGAUGGCGCCGAGCUUAGAGGACUGGCAGCAUUCCAGACUGAAUCCGAAGCAGGUACCGUCGCCCUGCCAAGACGACUACAUGCAAAUGAAUGGGCCGCCGGGUGGCACGCGAACCGCGCCCAUGGACUUGCCGCAGCCGCGACGACCACCGGAAGGCUACGUCGAGAUGUCCUUCAAGCCCAAGCCCAGCCUGGAGCAAGACUACAUCAACAUGAGCUUGGGCCUGAAUCGCAACAAUCGCAGGCAGCAUCACAACAACAACCGCAAGAAAAAGAGCUCGCUGCCAAUCGCCAUCCAAGCUGGUAGCAAGUUCUCGAAAGCGCCGAACUUCCUGCCGCUCAACGGCAGCCCCACUUCCGAGAGUUUGGACAGUACCCCAGCCUCGCCACCGCGCGCCACGCCCACGGGAUCCUCGGCCACGAUAUUCCCGUUCUCCUUGAACAGUCCUCAGUCGCCCAUCAAGCAGUUCUCCUCCUUCACAGCCUCUUCCUCGUCGCAGCAGACUGCAAAGUCGCCUUCCUCGCUCGGCGAUAAUGCUUCCAUUAAGAGCGACAGCGACGCCGCGCUGCCCAUCACCAGAAAGAUUUCCGCGCCUAGUCCUCUGCCUGGAGUCGACGGGUGUCCUUCGUCGAAGAAAGCUCACGACAACCCAGACAGCCACACGAAUCCCACGACAAGGCACGUUACGCCGUCGAGCAAACUCAGCAACACGGUCAAUUCGAUCAUCAGCACGAUCGCCACAAAGGAGCCUCUGCGCGCCAUAUCGAAUUCCAUAGCCCAAGAGCAGGCGCAUCCGCUGAGCCCGAUAACGAAAAAGCUGUCGGACCUGACGGUGUCGAAGCCGCGCCUCGUGACCGCGUCGCCGACAACUAGCCCCACGCCUUCGGGCUUCAAGCCCGUUCAGCUGCCGAAGCCCACCUCACCGAAAGUCGUCGACGACUGUUCUCCCACUCCCAGUUCAACUCCAACCCCGACGCCAACUUCGACGCCCACGCCGAGUCCACUCGACAGCGAGGGCUACGAGAAACUGCAGCCUGGUGCGACGCUUCUGCAUUACGCGAGUCUCGAUUUGCCCGACGUCAGCGGUGCUCCGCCGGUCUCGCCCACACCCGUUCAAGAGGGCUUCAACUACGCGGAAAUCGAUUUCGCCAAGCUCAAACAAAAUUAGGCUUAAAUACACGCGCAACAUACAUAAAGCGCUUGUAAAGAGAUACCGCCGAAAUUGUGAUGUGUUGUCGGUGCUUGACCUGUCGCCUCGCCUUCAGUUUUUCUGUCGUCAGCGUGUCAAUCGGGCGAUGACGAUAGCACCUUGUAAAUAGAGGAAUCAUGUAUGUAUCUUAUAUUAAUGAAAAGAACAGAAAAAUGCUCGAAUAAUUCAUGUAUACAUACGAAACGUUUAACUGUAAGUAUAUAUAAAUAUACAUAUAUAAAUAUAUAAUAUUAACGAUUAAUAAACGCGUAGUAAACGUCGAAUUCUCAUUUGAUUUUACUGCUUUGCAAAUUGUAUUCUCUUGAUCUUCCCCCUUAUAUAACCGUUUUGCCCGAUUAUGACUAUAAAAAUUAUUUAUUUUACAAGAUUUCAAGUAAAUUUGAAGACGAAAUAAAGAACGAUUAACUGCCAAACUUGUAAUAUUUAUUUGAUGCAUCUGAGUUUUGCUCGAGCAGUCUGUACUUAAUAAUGAUAAUUGACAAAAGUUAAUA